GCUUCAUUUGAUGUCCGCCUCAGCAGUGUUCUGACCCGUCAGGAAGCGGCAACCGCUGCAUUCAGUUCUUCUAUUACCCAUCCACCCUUCCCGCCGGUCUGCAUGCUGCCCCCCCAUGCCUGCCUCUCCCACACAAAUGGGUUGGUGCGCAUUCACCAUGUAUGCACGAGGAAUUUCCGGGUCUCAUUUUGGUGAGCUUGGUCCUGCAUAUAUUUCUCCACAUCCUCCAGUGCGCUCUGGAAGGAUUCCCCCUUCUUCUCCAUCUUCUUGAAGUCGCCCUCCCUGUACACACCACACAGAUACAGACACACGUGUACUUCCGUGCAUGGCCACGAACUCUCAGCUGGAAGUGCCUCCCACCUGUAGUGUCUCAGGAAGAAGAAGGGCGCCACGAUGGAGAAGGCCGGCAGCACGAAACUCAGCCGCGUGCCGUACUUGACCGCCGGCCCGAUGAUGUAGUCCAUCGGGUGCUUGUGCAAGCGGGACUCGGCAAUGUACCGCUUCCACCAAAUCACGGACCACUCGGGAUCCAAUAGGUGGUCCCGAAACAGCCGCAUCAUCACCAUCACGCCCCGCUUGCCCUUGCUGUACCCGCCGUAGAGAGCCCGGCCCACGGUGCUCUUGUUCACCAUCCGAAUAUAGUACGGGAUGGAUGGCCGGUAGCACAUGGCGGUCAAGCCGCCAGUGGCGGCUAAGCGCAGAAGGCGACUGGCGGGCGAGCGCAUGAUAGCGUCUAUCUCCUCGUCAGUGCGGGGCCGGGUCUUGAAUAGAAGGGGCGGCACGAUGGACAGCACCACGUAAGUGGUGCCAGAAAGCAUCAACCAGAGGCCUGAACAGCAAAAGAUACAAGAACACACAAGGCGCACGGUCGUUAUUGUCUGUUCUUCGCUGCCCUACCUGCUGCGAGGACGAUCAUUAGCGGACCUUUGUCCACCUGCUGCCUCUCCGCCCGCACAAUGACUCCAUCCAACCACUUGCCGCACCCCGUCAUCCAAUCCUCCCCAGGCUUCACCAAUCCAUCACUCUUCCCUUCACCCUUCCCUUUCGUCAGCCGAGUAAUGAUCUCCUUCACUUUCGUCUUUGCUUUGACAAGCAGAGCUUCGGGAGAGGAAGGGGCGAGAGGGAGGGGCGCGUCCGGCUCUGAUCUGAUGACGACGCGGGUGUUUGAGGGUCCGAAUGUGCUGCUCGUCGAUGGGUUGUAGCGCGAUGUUGCGAAUGGCCGCGGCCAUCGCGGCGCGACGGGGGAUAGCCGGGCAGCACGGAUGACGGCUGUGCGGCCCUGCAUU